UAUUACAAUUCCAACUGUAGACUCGCGAGACAUCAGGACACGAUUCUACUGCGUGAGUUUAAUUACUCGCGAUUCUUCAGCGAUUUUUAAAAAAAUAAAUAACGUGACCGCAUAAUUUUAAACUGAUAUCUGAACUCGCUCCAGCUAAAAUGAAGAUACCACUCGUUUCCUUUAUAAUUUUAACAAUCGUCUGGAUAAAUAUUCUCGACGUCUAUGGAGUGAUGUUACCAAAGUUUAAAAGAUCAUCUUUUAAAUUAGCAAGACAAUAUAUAUCUGAUAAUGAUGAUAUUUUUAUACCGUAUCAAGGAGAACGUUCUAAUGUUUUUGACUGGAAUUUAUAUAAAUUAAUUGCCAAUAAAUAUCAAGGAAACAUUUUAAUUUCGCCGGUGUCCUUGAAAUUAGCACUGGUUUUAUUGUACGAAGGCUCGCAGGAUCAGACGGCAUAUGAAUUAGCCGGAGCGUUACAACUUCCAGCCGGACAAUGGGCUACCAGAGACAAAUUUUCGCUGAUCGUACGAUCUCUUCAGCCGGUUUCUGAUGAAUAUACUCUGAAUCUUGGCACCAGAAUUUAUAUAAACAAUAGUUUGUCUAUAAAACAAAGCUAUGCUGCUAUUGUUAAAACAUUCUAUAGCACUGACAUUAUCUCCAGUAAUUUUACGGAUGCGCGGUCAACUGCAAAUAAUGUUAACAAUUGGGUAAAAAAUUUCACAAACGGAAACAUUGAAGAAAUGAUUGAUGACGAAAAUACAAUAAAAGACUCAAUGAUGUUGGUGAUGAAUGUCCUUUACUUCAAAGGUAUUUGGGCUGGAAAUAAAUUCACUUCAAACAGAACGGAGUUCGAUAAAUUUUACCAAUCAUCUAAUAAAAAUAUUGACAUAAAUUAUAUGACAUCUAUUGGUCAUUAUUAUUACGUCGAAUCCUCAGAACUUGACGCUAAAAUUAUACGGUUGCCUUAUAUGGGACGUAAAUUUUCAAUGUACAUAAUAUUGCCAAGAACCGUAGAUGGACUAGAUACGCUAAUUAAAAAUAUAAAUCCGUUUAUUUUAACAAGACAUGUAUCAUUGUUGCAAAAACUACCUGUUCAAGUGAAAAUACCGAUGUUUAAAUUUGAUUUUACGAGUCACCUUGAGCCAAUACUCCGUGAUUUGGGGAUACGAGAUAUUUUUGAAAACACAGCGACGUUAACAGGCAUCAUAAAAACAAAACGCGGUUAUAAUUUAGUUGUAUCAGAUAUUAUUCAAAAAGCAGGAAUUGAAGUUAAUGAAAAUGGAACUUCUGCUUAUGUCGCAACAGAAGUAAAUAUUGGGAACAAAGUAGCAGAGCAAACUUUUCAUGCCAAUCAUCCCUUUAUUUUCUACAUCGAGGAUGAAACAACCGGAACAAUUCUCUACAUGGGCAGAGUAAUUAAUCCUCUAGAGGGUAGUGGUGGUAUAGAGAUACCUGGAAGUCUUCCUCAACAUUUCAAUGACGAUCGCAUUCAACAACUUUCUCUAGUUCCAUCAGUGGCUGGAUAUAAUGCAGAUCGAAACAAUUACUUUAGCAUUGAAUUAUUACAGGGAGUUAACGAACAGACGACCGGAAAUGUGGUAAUUUCACCGCUGAGUGUUAAAUCAGCUCUGACAAUUUUAUCCGAGGGAGCAGGAGGCGAUACUCGUAAUGAACUUUUAACAAGCUUGCGACUUCCGUCUGACGUAUCGCAAAUUCGAACUCUUUCUCAACAAACAUUGCAAUCUUUGUUGUCAACCAGCGCUGGAACAGAAAUAGAUUUAGCGAAUCGUCUAUGGCUUGGAAAAGGAAUUCAACUACCUGAUGAUUUUAAUAACAUAUUAAAAACAAAUUACGGAGGUGACACAAGCAACGUUGUCUUCAGUAAUACAGAGUCAACUGUAUUAACUAUCAACGAUUGGGUUCGUCAAUAUACUCGCGGUCAUAUUCAGUCUAUUGUUGAAUCAAGCGCGCUUAGUCCAGAGACUAAAUUAUUACUGACGUCAGCGCUUUAUUUCAAAGGAAACUGGAGAAAGGCAUUUGAUAAAAAUUUAACGCGUAAUCGAUGCUUCAAUAUUCCAAAUCAAGCUUGUCAUUCAGUACCGAUGAUGGAAAGUGUUUCUCAAUAUUUUUAUGCCUCUAUUCCGGAUCUUAAAGCUGAAGUUGUCGAAAUUCCUUAUGAUGAUGACAAAAUAUCAAUGUUAGUUUUCUUACCAAUAAAUGAAGGCCUGCAAGAUUUAUCGGUUCUGUCAAGAGAUUUAUCUUACACGCCAAUUUCUACGAUACUAAAUAGUCUUCGUGAUACUGAAUUAAUACUUUUGAUGCCUCGAUUUAGCGUUGAAACUAAAAUAGAUCUACGACCGACUCUUGAAACGCUGGGAAUAAGAAAUUUGUUUACUUAUAACGCAAACCUCACAAAAUUUUCAUUGGAAGACAGCGUUAAAGUUGAUAACGUUCUCCAUAAUGCUAAAAUAGAAGUUAAUGAGGAUGGUACCGUUGCAGCUGCAGUAACAGGACUGUCGGUAGUUCCAUUGAUGGGGUCAUCUAUAGAAGCAUUUAGAGUAAAUCGUCCUUUCUUAUUCAUGUUGAUUGAUCGGCAAACCAGCUGUAUAAUCUUCAGCGGUCGCGUGAUUCGGCCAUGAUAACAUUCUAUUUAUAUUAAUAUAUCAUUAAGCCUCCAAUCAGUAACAUAUCUAUCAUGACGUAUAAAUAAUUAAUUUAAAAAUUAUAAAUCUUAAUGUUAGUUUGUAUAAAUAAAGUUAAUUUACUAUUUUUUAAAUCAUCAA